GGGGCGGCAGUCUGCGCCGCGACGCCGCGCCGGACGCACGCCACUCGCCGCGCCGCCGGCCCGCACACGUGACGCGACGUGCCCGCUAGUGCCCUGUGUGUAUAUGUGUGCGUGUGGGGACAUGGGGCGGUGAUGCUGCUUCUGCUGCUGCUGAGCCUGGGGGCGGCGGCGGGGGGGAGCGCGCUGCGGCGGCGCGGGGAGGGGCUGCGGGCGCUGCCGCCGCUGCCCGCCAACCUGCAGGACUUGGACGUGUCGGACAACAACAUCACGGCGCUGCCGCCCGACGCUCUGCUCGCCGCGCCCGACCUCAGAGAACUGAACCUGUCCCUGAACCCGCUGCAGGAGCUGUCGCUGUCGUCGCGGCGCCUCGCGAGGCUGUGGGCCGCGCGCUGCCGCCUGCGCCUCGCGCCGCGCCUCGCCGCGCCCGCGCUGCGCUACCUGUCGCUGGCGGACAACGAGCUGGAGGAGCUGGAGGACGGCGCGCUGCAGCUGCCCGCGCUGCACACGCUCAUCCUGAAGCGGAAUCGGAUCUCGUACAUCUCGGAUAAAGCGUUCGCGGGCACGCCGGCGCUGCGCGUGCUACGCCUGGAGGAGAACCAGCUGUCGGAGGCGCCGGCCGCGCUGCAGCUGCUGCCGAGCCUCGAGGACCUAUCUCUGGCGCACAACCGCAUCUGGUCGCUGGGCCCGGGCGCGCUGUCGCCGCGCGGGGGCGCGGGGGGCGCGGGGGCGGCGCUGGUGCGGCUGGACCUGGGCGGCAACCCGCUGUCGCGCCUGCACCCCGCCGCGCUCGACAAUCUGCCGCGCCUCGUGUCCCUGUCGCUGUCGGGCUGCCGCGCGCUGGGCUCGCUGCCGGCGCUGGCGGGCGCGGCGCGGCUGCGGCUGCUGCGCGCCGACCGCGCCGCGCUGCCCGCCGCCGCCGCCGCCGACGUGGCGCGUCUGUGCCGCCACGCGCCCGCGCUGCGCACGCUGGACUUGAAGUCGAACUUUCUGGAAGAAAUCCCGGACCUGGAGGCGUGCACGGAGCUCAGAGUGCUCGAGCUGUCGUACAACCGCGUGGCGUCGCUAUCGGGGCUGCACGCGCGGCGCCUGCACGACCUGCUGCUGGCCGGCAACCGCCUGCGCGCCGUCCCCGCCGCCGCCUUCCGCCGCGCCCCCCGCCUGCAGCUGCUGGACCUCGAAGACAACGAGAUAGAGCACAUCGAUAUUGAAGCCUUCCUGCCCAUCGAGAAACUUGAAGACUUGAACGUGGGCAACAACCGGUUUCCCUCGCUGCCGGCGGGCGGGCUGCAGUGGCUGCGGCAUCUCAAGGCGCACAACAACCCGCGCCUCAAGCACUUCCAUCCGCCGCAGCUGCUGCCGCGCAUACAGACGCUGGUGCUGUCGUACGCGUACCACUGCUGCGAGUACCUGCCGGCGUGGGAGGGCGGGUCGCUGGGCGCGGCGGGGGCGGGCGCGGGGGAGGGGGCGGAGGGCGCGGGGGGUGCGGGGCUCACGGACCUGGUGCUGGUGCCGCCGCCGCGCGCCGACCUCGCCGCCUGGGCCAACGCCACCGACCUCUACACGCACUACUUGAAUGCGACUGGGCAGAGUGCGGCGGAGCUGCGCGAGGCGCUGGCGGCGUGGAGCAAGGAGUGGGGCGCGCGGGGGGGGCGGGGGGCGCGCUCGGCGGGGCAGUCCAUGGUGCAGUGCCUGCCCAUGCCAGGUCCGUUCCUGCCGUGCGUGGACCUGUUCGACUGGUGGUCGCUGCGCUGCGGCGUGUGGGCCGUGCUGCUGCUGGCGCUGCUGGGCAACGGCACGGUGGUGCUGGUGCUGCUGGUGUCGCGCGCGCGCCUGGACGUGCCGCGCUUCCUCGUGGCCAACCUGGCGGCCGCCGACUUCUGCAUGGGGCUGUACCUGGGCGUGCUGGCCGUGGUGGACGCGGGCACGCUGGGCGAGUUCCGCGCGCGCGCGCUGGCCUGGCAGCUGUCCGGGGCGUGCCGCGCCGCCGGCUUCCUGGCCGUGCUGUCCGCCGAGCUGUCCGUGUACACGCUGGCCGUCAUCACGCUGGAGCGCAACUACGCCAUCACGCACGCCAUGCACCUCAACAAGCGGCUGUCGCUGCGCCACGCGGCCGGCGUCAUGGCGGCGGGCUGGCUGCUGGCGCUGGGCGCCGCCGCGCUGCCGCUGCUGGGCGUGUCCGACUACCGCAAGUUCGCCGUGUGCCUGCCCUUCGAGACGUCCACGCCGGGCGCGCUGGCGUACGUGCUGGCGCUGCUGGCGGCCAACGGCGUGGCCUUCCUCGUGCUGCUCGGGUGCUACCUCAAGAUGUACUGCGCCAUCCGCGGCUCGCAGGCGUGGAACAGCAACGACUCGCGCAUCGCCAAGCGCAUGGCGCUGCUGGUGUUCACGGACUUCCUGUGCUGGUCGCCCAUCGCCGUGUGCGCGCUCACGGCGGCCCUGGGCGCGCCGCUCGUGGGGCUCGAGGCCGCCAAGGUGUUCACGGUGUUCGUGCUGCCGCUCAACUCCUGCUGCAACCCCUUCCUGUACGCCAUCCUCACCAAGCAGUUCAAGAAGGACUGCACGCUCGUGUGCAAGGCCAUCGAGGAGUCCCGCGUGACGCGCGGCAUCGGGCGCUGCCGCCACUCCAGCAACUUCAGCAACCGGCAGACCCCGGCCAACACCAACAGCCUGGGCGAGCGCUCCUCGCGAGGCCACGCGCCGUCGUGCGCCUGCCGCCGCCUGCUGGCGCCGCCGCCCCCGCCCGCGCCCCGCGCCGCGCGCCUGCUGGCCUGGCUGCGCGCCGCCGCCCGCCGCGCGCCCCCCGCGCCCCCCGCGCGCGCCCCCGCGCCCCCCGCGCCCCGCGCCGGCUCCGUGUCCUCGUCGGUCGAGUUCUCGUCGUCCCGCUCGGACUCGUGGCGCGCGUACGGCGGCCGCCCCCCGCCCCCGCGCCGCGCCGCCUCCUGGCUCGUGGCGCGCAAGACCAGCCAGGACUCGAACCUGUCGUCGUCGCGCAACGACUCGUCGGGCUCGGCGGCCACGGCCAGCACGGGCACGUGGCGCACGUCGCGCUCGGCGGGCAGCGCGGCGGGCGCGGCGGGGGCGGGGGCGGGGGGCGCGGGGGGCGCGGGGGCGGCGCGGCCCCGGCUCACGCGGCAGCCGGCGGUGCUGGGCGAGGAGCCGCCGGGGUCGCCUCCCCCCCGCACGCUCACCACCAUCCCCUCGGCCGCCGAGCCCGACGCGCCGCCCGACGCGUUGCUCGACUGAUCGCGCCGCGCGUCGCUCCGCACAGACCAGUGUCUUAUCUCGCCGUCCACUAGCCGCCGCCGCCGCCGCCGCCGGCAGUCUGCUACUCUUCACUGAGUUCUCCUUCCUCACUACACAUCCUCAAUGUGUAUGAAACCUUCAUAGGGUAGGCUAUGUAAAUCAAAAUAAAAAAGUAAGUAAGUUAUACAUAAUGAAAGAGAGUCCAUGAACCAUGACAAUUAAACAAAACUUUUUGUAGAUAAAGUAUUUAUUUAUAAAUAUAACCAUUAAAUUGUAUUUAAACCUGUAGUUAGGUAUAUUAUUAUGUAUGCAAAUGCAAAUACAUAAGUUACCUACUAGUAGGAGGUAGUAUACCUGUAAGUACGUGUAUUACAUUAGCCAAUGUUCGACCUGUAAAUAUUAAAUCGCGAUUAGACUUAAGGACUUCAAAAGCCUCCCGGGCACUAACCUUCAGUAUUUCAGAAACAGUAUAUUUUAUUAAGAAAGUAUUAUAAAGUGUUAUGUAUGUAGAUACUAAUAAAGAUGCUACUUAGGUCAUUCAUUGUUUUGUUUAAAAUUAAAGAACUGUUUUUUAAUAAUAUAACUUAUAUGAGAUUAUUAACUAUUUACAAUAUUUAAAUAUCGGAUGGAUCCUGAUAGAUGAGUACCUAUCAUGACAGCUAUUACAAACAUCACUAACUAUCCUUCGAUAAACUCAACUUUGUGAUAUAAUUGUACAAUGCUCAAUAUUAAACACUGUUUUUAUUUCAUUUGUUUUUUAUAUAUUAAUAAUUUAUUAUGUAACUAUACAAAGUUUUUAUAAUGUUUUAUAAGCUUUAAAGCUCGUUGUUAGACUGCUCUAGAAAUCUGUCUGUUAUGUUUUAAUAUAUUUUAAGUACUAUCCACUGCCAUAAUAAUAAUUAUAAUUACAUUAAUAUAAUAAUAAUUGUCAAUAAAUUUGGAUAGGUACCUACGCCUACGUUCAGUAAUGUACCUAUGGAUGGAGAUCCUCCUAGGCACUGUCAUC